CGCUGGAGCCGUAUGUGUGUUGUGUUGUUGAGGAGCGCGUGCUGAUCGCUCUGGAUCCUGUGCGUCUGAUCAGGAACAGUGUGUGUGUGGAGACACAGAGAGCCUCUUCAUCAAGCUGCUCAGUUCAUGGAUAUUCCCCUCUGGACAGAGUAAACAGAGCGCGAGCGAGGGAAGCCGUGUUGAGCUCAGACCAGCGCAGCUGCAUUGUGCUUAUACAGCAGGACGAGAGACAGACAGAUAGAGACGAGAGAGAGACAACAGUGUGUGCCUGCCUGAGGUUAAAUGUGGAAAUCGUCCUCUUUGAGCUCCAUGGCAAACUCUGCAUGCGUGCUGCUGUCCGGCUCCGGGAUGAUGCCACAUUCCCUGCACGCGCCGCCCGCGUUCCUCUACUUAUCCGAGGGUAAUCAGGAGGCCACCAAUCCGGCGGACGCGAUGGCCCAGACGUACACCCCGCAGUACGCGCAUCCCGCGCAGAACGGCAUCCCUGCAGAGUUCAGUGCGACACACGCUCUUCCCACGCAAGACUACGCAGGACAGAACCGAGUCCCGGAUCACGGCUUGACGCUCUACACGCCGGCACAGACUCACAGCGAUCUGGCCAACGCCGACAGCAGCACGCCAGCUAUCAGCACUGGAACCAACACAGCAACGACGGAAGAUGUGACGCAAACAGAAGUUUCCCAGCAGGUGCCACAUUCAGACUCUACGGAAAAACAGCAGCCCAAGAGGUUACACGUCUCCAACAUCCCCUUCCGCUUCCGGGACCCAGAUUUACGGCAAAUGUUUGGGCAAUUUGGGAAGAUCUUAGACGUGGAGAUUAUCUUUAAUGAAAGAGGAUCAAAGGGCUUUGGCUUUGUAACUUUUGAAACGAGCGCAGACGCAGAUCGCGCGCGGGAGAAACUAAACGGUACAAUCGUAGAAGGACGUAAAAUCGAGGUGAACAACGCCACGGCGAGAGUGAUGACGAAUAAGAAAGUAGUAAACCCGUACACAAACAGCUGGAAGCUCAAUCCGGUUGUAGGAGCCGUUUACGGACCGGAGCUCUACGCAGUGGCGGGUUUCCCGUAUCCCGCGGCAGGAGCGACGGUGGCGUACAGAGGGGCUCAUCUGAGGGGCAGAGGCCGUGCCGUUUACAACACCUUCCGUACGGCUCCUCCUCCUCCACCCAUCCCGGCGUACGGAGCGGUGGUGUAUCAGGACGGAUUCUACGGAGCCGAGAUCUACGGCGGAUACGCGGCGUACAGAUAUACUCAGCCUGCGACGGCUACAGCGUACAGUGACAGUUAUGGGAGAGUCUAUGCAACUACUGACCCAUAUCACCACACCAUCGGCCCGGCGGCCACAUACAGCGUGGGGACCAUGGAAGGAAAUUUGAGGGAGCUGGAGUUCCGUCGUUGCCGUGGCCACCAGCUUGACUCUGAUUGGUGCUCUGUCAUCUUUGAUGUUGCAGGCGAGCCUGUACAGAGGAGGCUACAGCCGCUUCACGCCCUACUAGAGAGACUAAACCACUGAUUACGCAAACUAACACUCAAAACCACUAGACUCGCUCUGCUACACGGAGUACGAUUUACUAAAAUGCUUCCAGGUCACCCGAUGACCUCAUCCCGACGACAACUCUGUGGACGUUGUGGAAAUCAAUGGGAAAAUCAGAAGAGCAGCUCAUAAAUGUGGAUUUACUUUUUUUUUUCAGACAUGGAAAUGUUUCCUUUUUUUGUUUGGUCUGCAAAAGCUUGUUAAAAAGGGAAGAACAGAAGCUAUUUCGAUAUUUGGCUUGGGUUUUUGUUUCAUCAUUGAUCAUUUUAUUGGGUUUAUCAUGUAUAUAAGCUGCUAGUGUAAAUUCAGACAUGAGACAAAAAUAUCUCAGGACUCUCUUCAACUUUUCUCUGAACACACAACCUUCCCAGCAGACAUUCAGAUUCACUGUAUCUCACCAGAUAUCGCCAGCAUACUCUAGUCUACUAGUCUCUGUGGUCUGACAUAGUGUUUGCUGUAUGAAUAAGCUCAUCUUGUUUAGUUGCUGGUCUUUUAUUUGAAGGGUUUCUAUGCAUGUCGUUCCAGAGAUGAGAGGAUUCGUCACAUUUGCACUAACAGAUUUACCUCUGUACACAGUGGACAGGUCUAACUCACACUAACUAAUGCUGAAUGUGUGUGUACAUAUACAUUAAUAUAUUAAAGAUUAAACCGUCAUAUGAUAUAUGGAAAUAUUGCAUAAAGGAAUUUUAUAGGUUAACAAAGAGACUUUGGAAGCAAUAUGUAGACAGAAAGAAGAUUUAAAAAAAAAAAUAUGGAGAAAUAUUUAGAUUUAAAGGGAUAGUUCACCCAAAAAUAAAAAUUAUCCCAUGAUUUACUCACCCUCAAGCCAUCCGAGGUGUAUAUGACUAUCUUCUUUCAGACGAACACAAUCAGAAAUAUAUAUUUAAAAAUAUCCUUGAUCCUCCAAGCUUUAUAAUGGUAGUGAAUGGGGGGGGGUCAGAUUUUGAAGCCAAAAAAGUGUAUUCUUCCAUCGAAUAUUAAUCCACACGGCUCCAGGGGGUUAAUAAAGGCCUUCUGAAGCGAAGCGAUGGGGUUUUGUAAGAAAAAUAUCCAUAUUUAAAACUUUAUAAUCUAAAAUAACUAGCUUCCGGCAGACGGCGGAUCCUACGAAUGACGCAGGAUGUAGGAGUUACUUGUUAUGCGUUACCCCCAACACUGCACCUAGGAUGGUUUGAGGGUGAGUAAAUCAUGGGACAAUUUUCAUUUUUGGGUGAACUAGGCCUUUAAGAAAACUUAAAGAGAUUUAUUAAAACAUGGGGAGAUUUUGGAUAUACAGAGAAGUUUAAAAAAUAAUAAUAAAUAGACUUUUAUUGGGAGACAUGGGGAGGUUUAGGCUGAUAUACAGAGAAAUUAAGAAUAAUAAUAAUUAGAUUUAAGAAAAUAUGUAAGGAGACAUGGGGAGGUAGACAAAUAAAGAUGUACAGGAACACAAGGAGAAAUGGAUAGAUUUAGAAAAACACACUGAGAUAUACAGCGGAGCAUAAAGAGACAGAAAAAGCAGGAAAAGUGAUGAAGGGAGACAUGAGGAGAGCAUCUGUCUGCUGAGAGUUUCUUGUCUUCAUCAGAUGUCAUAAGAAGGUUCACUCCAGAUCUGGAUGAAUUAAUGAUUAAAUGUGAACGAGAUCAGCGCGAGCGCAAUACACACUUUACAUGAGACCUUAAGUCGUGUGACAUUUAGAAGAAUUAAGGUGGAAACUCUCAACGUUACAUUUCUGAGCUCAAAUGUAAUGAUGCUUCAGACUAAUAUAACUUACAUGUGCUGUGAAAGAUGUGAUUUGAUUCAUGAAAUUAGGGCUCUAUCCUUAAUGAGAUUGAACUUUGAGUGCUGCGAUACAUUUAUACUUUAGGCUUAAAAUAAGUGUAGGUAAAGUUAACAAUGUUUACACACAAGCAUAUCAGCAGAUUCUUUUACUCUUAAAAAUAAAGGUUCCAAAAGAGAGUUUUCGCAGUGAUGUCAUAUAGGGGCUUUCGCACCGGGUUGUUAUAGGAACUAGCCACCAGAUCGGUCCACCAAGAACUAAAUUUUCCCCUAGGGCCGUUUUCCUGGUUGCAUUCGCACCACCAGUAGGAACUCUGAAGUGUCGUAAGCCGACCGACGGCGACGUCAUUUAACUGCGGCAUAAAAAAAUAUCCAACAACUCCGUAGCGUAAAGGUUGAGAAGUGUCUGGACUUCGCCGUCUGUCCAUAUAUCACUGUUUCCCAUGUUCGUGGAGUAAGUAUAUGUAAACUGUGUGUUUACAUGCCUUUUUAAAAUGGUAGGUGCAGGUUUUUCACAUGGCAUGUGUUCGGCCAUAUUUGCAAUGCCUCCGGGCAGCUAUUUUGGGCAUCCAAGACCAAGUCCUAUCUAUUUGAAUGGGGGAAUCCUGAAAUCUCAAAAACCGGUUGGCGAACUCACAAUUAAAGGUGCAAUAUGUAAGGUUUUUGCAGUAAAAUAUCCAAAAACCACUAGGCCAGUGUUAUAUAUUUUGUUCACUUGAGUACUUACAAUAUCCCAAAUGUUUCCAACUAUUUGUAAAUCGUGAGAAAAUUGCAAUUUUAACCAAGGCUCUGGGACGUGUGAGGAGUCGCCUGUCAAUUGCGUCAUACCCGCAUUACCCUCGGUUUCCGGUUUUAUUUUGUAGAAACCAUGGAAACACCAAAGACGCUUUAUUAUAUUACAUGUUUUAAUAGGCAAGGGAACAACUGUUUGGUUAUGUUUAUAGACAGAAAACUAAUUAUUGUUAUAAAGCUCAACACGUUUAGUCUUAUUGUUUAAAUCAAAUUUUCUUGAUUUUUUGCGAGUACCAUGCUUUACCAUGCCUCAGAGAAAAACACGUCAAGUAGCUAGCAUAGCAUAAUCAGAUGCAGCUUUAUUUUUAGUAACAGUAAUACAGAAUUUUCUCCAUCAUACAAUACGUUUUAAAAUUGAUUGCAUGCCAUUUAUCAACACAAGCCAUCCAACAUUAUGAUAUUCUAAAAUCGAUCUAGCUUACUGCAGUGUGUCUCAAACAAGUGUCUCACAGCAGCUGCCGAGCGAACGCACAGAGUAACGUUAUAACAUUUUCAACACACUCAAAUGUAUCUAAUAUGAUAAACAGAGCUGCGUUACCUCAUACUCAUGACCGGAAAAGCGGCAGCGGCGCCGGCGACUGUAGCAUAAUAAAAGUUCUGCUGCUCGUGGCGUGUGUUGCGCAAUCGCUCCAGCAGCCUCGUUCAGCUCCCACAACACUCGGUCCUGCUCUGCUUCAUACUACAAUAACGUUAAUAAUCGCAUCCAUUAACAUGAUUUCUUCCCGAGUCCUAUCCCUAUUCUUUUGCACCGGCUGUGAUGUGAAGACCACAUGUCCCAAGAUUCCGCACUCAAACUUGCCAUCAUCAAGCUACGCUUUUGUUUUGAAUAGGCCUCUAGCGGACAGAAUUCUUACAUAUUGCACCUUUAAAUAAUGUAUUUCAAAUCAGCAACAAAAUCUGACAUGAACUGUCCCAUAAAUGUUGUUUCUUAUGUUCAAAUAGCGUUAAAAAAAUGUGUUUUUCAGGCUAGAUGAGCCAAUGCGCAUGUGCAGUCCCAAGCGCAAGUCUGAGGUUUCAAUAGGAAUUGGAGCUUCUAACGGCAGCUGCAGUGACUCAAUGACUUUAUCAAUCAGCGAUUGGCUCUUUUACUUAGAUGGCGGGACGUAUUCCGCCAUAUUGCGCAUUGCAGUUUCUCCCAUUCAUAAGUAAUAGGAGUGAACCAACUUACUAUAUCUAUAGUCUUUGACCCUACUCUGAAUAGAAGCUAAUUUAGUUCCCCCAAAAGGCAUUCCUAUAACUAAAAUCAUUCCCAGUGGUGAGAACACGCUAAAAAGUGGGUACUUCCGUCAACGGUUAGCUAUAGGAACUAUAAAAAUGUUCCUCCGGUGCGAAAGCCUCAAGAGAAGAACCAUUUUAGGAUCCUCAAAGAACCUUUCAGUCAACAAUACUCAAAAGAACCAUUUUGUUUUUUCUUAGUGUGAAGAACAUUUAAAAAAUCUAAUCCUUUCCACUAUUAAGAACCUUUUGUGGAAUGGAAAGAUUCCAUGGAUGUUAAAGGUUCUUUAUGGCAACAGCAAUGGUAGAGCUGCACGAUUCUGGAGAAUCACGAUUUUUUUGGAUUCAAAUAGAGAUCACGAUUCUCCCACAAUUCUGAAUAUACCAUGUUAUUUACUAGAGAUUCUGACAAAAUACUAAUUGCUGGAAAAAUUUUAAUUUUUUUUGAAUAAACACUUGUUUCAUUACUGGAAUCAGUGUUUUUGAACAAAUCUUUUGAAUGAAUGAUUCAAUGACAUACAUUUUUAACAGUCCCUUGUCGCCACCUAGUGGCGUAAGAUGUAAUUGAUACAACCGUUAUUUGAAGCGCCAAGUUAGUUUCAAAAGGUGGUUUAUCGUAAACUUUUAUCUCAGCACUUCUGCGAUAAUUUGAAUAUUUGUAACACAGAAAUAACUACCGUGUGAUUCAAAACUGCUCUCUCUGACUGCAGCACGAACACAGCUUUGAAUGUUCCGGUAUGAUUUUGUAGACACGGGCGAAUCGUUGUCAUUAAUAAAAUAAGAUCGCGUGGGUGUUUGCAAUCUUUUUACCAUUAAUCGUGCAGCUCUAAUCGAUGCCAAUAAAGAACUUAAUUUUUAAGAGUGUUAAGAACAUCUUAUUUCAAUUAAUUUUUGUUCUUUUUUGUCAAAUCUGCUGCAGAUUUUUGCAUCUCUUAAAGUCACAUUCCUUUAUAAUUUAUAUUAUUUCUGUCAGCCAGAGCACAGAGGUGUAAACAGAUGUGAGCAGAUGCUGUCUGUUUGACCCCGUUUACAUAGCAUUAACAUUGUUUUUUUGUUUGUUUGUUUGUUUGUUUUUUGUGAUGGUUUUUAUGAUCUUCAGGGGUUUAGCUUGCCAUUUUGAGAGAGCUCUUGACAAUUUUCGGUUUGCAUAUUUCCAGACGUUAAGGGCUGGGUCAGUUUAUGACCAACCAAAGAGCAAGACUGAAACCUUUUAUUUUUCUCUAUAUAAAACUUCUUUUUAAAAGGGAAACACUUUGGUCUAAAUAUAAAACAAAAUCUUCUCUAAAGGGAAAUUGCAUUAAAGUGUAAAAGAAUAGUUUACAAUCUAGUAUAAAACAUGUUUUUGCCCUGAAUUAUGGUGUAUUUAAUUCUCAACAGCUGCUGUUGGUUUUCCUCUCUGUAUUUCCUCCACUUUUAUUCUGCUUUGACCUGUUAAUGCUGCUGCUGCUGCUGAUGUUUAACCAGAGAGAGCCUCUGUAGAUGUGAAAGAUGUGAAUUGUUGUUUAUUUCCACUGUGUCGACUCACAUUAAUGUACAAAGAACCAGCAGAUGAGUUUAAAUUAUACACAACAUGUAUUUGCUUAUUGUUUUGAUAUACUGUAUUAUUAAUCACAUGAGGGGUCAUAUGAGCUCUUUUAAUACACCGUAUAGUUAUUCUGCAGCUCAUAAAGUCAGCAUAUCAGCACAAGGAUUGAUAUGAAUAUUACUCACAUCUAUGAAAUCUUCAGGUCUCGACUCAUUCAGACCAGCGUGUUUACCUGCUGUUUAAGCAAAAAAAUAAAAGACACGGUUAAAAAAAAAAAAAGCAAAAAAGUUUGUAAAUACAUGUAUAUAUACUUAUAUCUUCCUAAGCGUUUCAAUACACAUAUAUAGUGGAUUUUAUGUGUCUGAAAAUAAUAUUUUAAACUCUAUGUAAUUUAUUUUUCCUUUGUUUUUGUCUGAGGGUUUUGUCAAAAGUACUUUGGUUUAAUAUAUUCAACACGGUAUAUGAUGUGGUCUUUUUGCCCAUGAAAAUGAUAUUUGAUGUUUAUAUAUACAAGUUAAUUAUAAUUCAUGAAUAUGUCUACAUAAAAUAAAGAGCUUACAUGA